AUGGAGAGCUGGUAUGAAUAUAUAUUCAAACAUCAUGGAAACAAUGAAUAUGCUUUGGAAAUCAAGGAUACCCUACAAAGACAAGAAAUUAAAGUUGAGGAAAUAGAAAUUGAUACUGACCAUGGAGUCUGGGUUCCAGGAAAGUUGAUGUUUCCUCAAGAAGCCACCGAAGAAACCGGCAUUCCUAUCAUCAGCCUCUCCACUCUAAAGACAACCAGAGAGAACACUGCUUCUAAUGUUCGACUAGGCAAAGUUAUACAAAAAUUAGGGAAUAAAGGCUAUGUCAUUAUAACCCUUAGCAUGCUUGUUCACAACUUGGAUCUCUCCAAAGCUGCUCGUACGAUUCAAAACCUUCAAAAAUUCUACUGUUCUAAUAAUAUCUUGAAACCACACUUUGAGGCUGAUUUCACCGAACAAGUUGAGAGAUUGCUUACCAAUGAAAAUAACGAGGAGCGAGUUCACGUCAUCGUCGGUUACCAGAAUGGAACUAAUGCAGACUUCAACUACUCACACCCUACUUUAAAGCAUUUCAGCCCAUUUCUUGUUUUUUUGGGAACAGCCACCAAUAAUGACAAGGCAGUAGUUUAUCCAACCAAUGGAUUCACUCCAGGGAUAAGUUACGCCAACUUUAAGUAUGCUGCAGUUCAAACCAAUCAUUGA